CUCGCCCGUCUCCUCGAGUGCGGAGAGACAGCAUCAAAAAGAGCUCACGCACUUCUCUCCUCCUCCCGGCACAAGCUGAGACAUCUCGUUCGAGCGCCGCUUUUCUCCUCCCCAGCCCAUGGCCAGUAGAUCCACAAUUGGAAAGUCCCCCUACAAUGAAAGUGGAGUGGGCACACACUGAACAGCAUAGCAUAGCAUGCCAUGCCAUGGAUGCCACCAGCCCAGCACCAGGUGCCGGCUUGAGGGCGUGAGGGCUCCUUCUUCCAAUUUGAUGUCGUCCAUUUCACGUCCUGGUCCUGCCUGGUCUUCUCCUCCCCGUCUCCAUUUCUUCCCAUACUGAUAUUCUUGUUUUGAGCCACGCACACGAAGGGCCUCCGUUUAUAUUCCUGUUCUUAUUUGGAUUCUGUUUCACGGAUCACUUUAUCGGUUUCCAUCUCAACCACCGGAUUUUUCAUCCUGCGAAUCACUCCUCGUCGUGUACAUACCCAUCCGGGAAUAAUCCAGAUGCAAACUCGAGUCGACGAGGCGAUCUAGACAAGCCUGAAGGAACACUACACCACGCUGCAUGCAAUUCAUUUUCUCCAGCCGUGACUUCUUGCCAUAAUUCGCAACAACACUCAUCCCCAAACCGCCUUUGCAGCCUUCUCGAGCUCCUGCGCCAAUCCGGAGCUCUUGAGAAUCUGCUGGAGAGCGAGGUAGAGCAAUCCCUGACGCCCAUAUCGAGAUCUGCCUUCCCCAAAGUGGAUUCACAAUUGCAUAUCUCUUGUUGUGUACCCCCGCUUACUUGAUCAAAGCCUCACUUGUUCUUUCUCUCCUUCCAUACCUUUUCUUUACGCAUACGAACGAGUCCCCGAAAGCUGCGGAUUACACAAAGUUAUUCGCAUAGCUCUACACAGCCAACGAUCCGCCAAGUUGCCCCCUCCUGAGAACGUUCUGAAUGGGCAAGGGACACGCUCUACUUGACCCCGUGUUGAAGGAACUUUGCAUGUGCCGUGGAACGUGAAAAGCCGUCGAACAGAGCGAGUGGUAUACACCGAUGGUUUUUGAACAACUGAGAUCGAAACCCCCUUCACAUACUAUUGUGCCUCCCCCAGAAAAGUAACCACAAACGAGACGCAACAGAAUAGAGACGGCUGUGGCUAUACAUGAGCGCCCGUCCACUUUACAACCAACCUGACGAAAGACCAUAUAUCAAUCUCAAGUCCUGGACGAUUUCCAGACGCAACCAACUGUAUGACUGAUCUUGCGGAAAUAUUUGCUGAGUUGGGCAUCUCAUCAUACCUUGAAUGUUUUCUCGAACAAGGAUUUGACAGCUGGGACACUAUCCUCGACAUCACCGAAUCCGAUUUUGAUGCACUCGGGGUCAAGCUUGGCCACCGGCGAAAGCUUCAGCGGAAAAUAGCAAAUUCCAGAGGCGUUGCUUCCGAAGCUGCACUGGGGUCUCCCAGACACACGCCAAGCGAAGACAAGGUAGAAGAGCCCAAAUCAGGAAUUGUAAAGACUGAAAGCAAAGAGACCAACGGCCAGCAGCAAGGAGCAAAGAGGAAAUAUCGACGGCACCCCAAACAAGACGAGAAUGCGCCCGAGAGGCCCCCAUCCGCAUAUGUCAUCUUCUCCAAUAAAAUGCGCGAGGAGCUCAGGGGCAGGAAUUUGUCCUUUACCGAGAUAGCCAAACUCGUGGGAGAGAAUUGGCAAAACCUGUCAUCGGCGGAGAAGGAUCCAUAUGAACAACAAGCCUUCUCAGCCAAGGAAAGAUACAACAAUGAGCUUGCCGAGUAUAAAAAGACGGCCAACUACCGCGACUAUACCCAAUAUCUGGCCAACUUCAAGGCCAGACAAACCCAGCAGCAACAAGGUGCGUUGAAUGUGAUCGGAGGCGUGGGAGUGCCGAAUUGUGCUGACUAAUGACUCAUUAUAGCAUCAGAGCUAGAGGUCGUUAAGCGACCCAAACUGGAGGCGAAUCAUAGCACCACCAGUAGCGGAACUGCGAGUAGCACCACAAGCCAUGCGGCUGCUGGUGCUGGUGCUGGCGUUGGCGUUGGUGUCGCUGUCGGUGCUGGUACUGAGGCUCUAACGGUCCGGGCCCGGGUGGAAUCGUCGGGUUCCACUAACGGCCAGUGGCAGCAGCAGCAGCAGCAGCAGCAGCCUCCACCGCAGCCUAAUGCCAGCAACGGCAUAAGCGUAGGCAAUCCUCAGUCAGCCGGUAUUCCCAAGUCCAACAUGUCACCAAAUGUCUCGUCGCCCACGGUCUUGCUGGGCUACCGCGACUCGAUCUACGACUCGGCUCAGACGCACGAGUUUCCAUGGCGAGAAUCUGGAGGGCAGCGUGAGAAUGGCAACACCACGCAGAAUCUCCCAGCGCUCGCGAGCGUGUACGACCGGACUCCAAGCUAUGCCGGCACUUCUGGUCCAGAACACAAUCGUCGCACAGGCACCGGCCAAACCAACCCUCCGCCAUUGUUGACAUCGGAUUCGACGAACCGAUCAACCUCUUCUGUAAGUACCGCCUCUUCGACCUAUUAUACUCCCCACACGCCUCUGGAUACGCCUCUGGGGGAGCGGCCUCCUUUGACACUCCCGUCACUGUUUUCCCAGAAAUCAUCUGGUUCUAUGGACAGUCAGUUGUCACCCUUCCCACCGCCAGCGUUAUCACCUCAAGCACCACACAUGCCGCAACAGUCUCCGAACAGUAAGUGCAUUUUGCCUUCCCUUGAAAGAUGAUCACUAAGUAGAGAUGUAGCAAUUCUCCCUCCUGUUGAUUAUGCCUCCAUGGCUCCUAUUCGAGGGUACAAUACCGCUCCGCAGAACAUCAUGGGCGCAGAUAGACCUGAUCCAAGGGUGCGAGAGUACGUUCUGCAGAACUCCACCGAAGACAACAACAAUCUGGAUCCAGUUAGUGCACUUUUGAAAGCAGGUGAAAUUGUCAACCGCAACAGCAGAGCUCAUCCACCUGGCUCUUGAUAUCAAUCCAUUAUUCACAAUAUCCGAAGAUGUUAUUAAAAGUUGCUUAGAAAAACCACCUUGGCAUGUGUCUCGGUUAAAGGUACUUCUGCAACCAUAAAACGGGACGGCGCUGCUAUGUAUGGAGCUUGUUAUUUCUGACUUCAAGGCGAUUACCAUUUUGUAUAGAAAGUGUGAAGCCGCGCGGUAGCUUUACAACUGUUCUUCCGACAAUACAAUGAGCCAUGAUUUUCAGCAUCAGUAUAGAUACCAAAUGAUUUUCUCUUCACUUAAGCGAAUACAAAAGUAAAAUUUUGAAAGUUAGUCUAUGCUGAUGUCUGUUAUGGUGUUAUGAUCUACAGUAGCAUAGCGAUGGCCUUGCUGCGUCCCCUCGGUUAAGGUCCCUAUUUGGGUGAUUUUGACGAGUAUUAUUCUUUUCUACCGCUCAAAUACAGGAGGAUAGUCUAUCCGUAGCAGCCGCCCAAAGGGCUAGUUUUUAAUAUCCUGACUGGACUUAGAUAGUGAAAACAGAUCAAUGACUUAUAUCAUCCUAGAAAGACACAGGAACACUCUACAACCCCUCCGUCGUAUACUGUUCAUCCACAGCUAACUUAUUCAUUUAACGGCGGGUGACCCUUACAUGAAGUGGCAAAAGAGGAGAGAUUUUUGUUAUACUCAAUACGGAAGGUGGGGUGGGUUCUGCCAAGCGGUCAGCCGAAAUACUAUUCAUCAACCUGACUUUUUCCUUGCCUUGUCCCUACAAGCACAAUCAAUCAAUCGUCACUUGAUUUUCCAAUCCAUCACACGAAUUUCACUGCGUCUUAAAAUUCAGCUAUCCAGCACCUGUGUUUCCAUCACGCAUACAAACAUCAUUGUCGCGCAGCCAGAGCUGACCACGUACAAAAUUCGAAAUGGCGGGGUUGCAAGCCAUCAAGUAUGAGAGGGGCAAACUUGAAGUUCUUGAUCAGCUUCGCCUUCCACAUGAAUUCGUCUAUGACGAUGUCUCGACUUGCGAGGAGGCAUUCGACUGUAUCAAGGCAAUGCGCGUGAGAGGUAUAUUUUCAAGGCUACAUAGGUGAUUGGCAAACUGGUGGAGGCUAAGUUAUUGGUCCAGGGGCCCCGGCUAUUGCUAUUGUCGCUGCAUUGGCAUUGGCGGUGGAGCUGGAUAAAAAGAAAGAUGGUAAGAGUUUAUUUAGCUUUGCUGUGAGAGUAUACUUACAGAUAUUAGCUUCAACUGGAAAGGAAGAGCUUGUCAAGUAUAUCCAUUCCAAACUAGACUACCUCAUGAACGGCAGACCGACUGCAGUCGAUCUCCAUAACGCUAUACAACUUCUCAAAAACAAAACCUUUCUCGCAUCCUCCUCUUCCUCUUCCUCGGAUACACAAAUUACCUGUACCGAGAUCCGAAAAGUCUUUAUUGAGGCGGCAGAAAAGAUUCUGGAAGAUGACUAUACAACGAACUUGGCCAUCGGUAGAUAUGGUGCUGAGUAUUUGAGGCGACAACAGCAGCCAGUGGAGAGCCCAGAAGUCGGUGAUGAUUUGAGGUUUUAUACUACGAGUCCGCCAGGAACGCAGGGAUUGCCAGAUAGAACAUAUAGGAAGGUGAGCGUAUUGACGCAUUGCAAUACUGGGUAUGUCUGUUUUCGUUUGGAGAUCGUUGGAAGUGGCAAUCAUUAUUGUACACGAACUCUUUGAUUUAUCUCGUCCAGGUAUCAGGCUAACUCUCCCAAGCUCUCUUGCUACAUCAGGUCAUGGCACCGCACUAGGAAUAAUCCGAAGUCUGCAAAAAAUGAAUUACCUUGAGCACGCCUUCUGCACCGAGACCCGACCAUAUAACCAAGGCUCCCGUUUGACGGCAUUCGAGCUCGUAUAUGAAAGCAUCCCCUCAACUCUCAUUACCGACUCCAUGGCUGGAGCACUUUUCGCACGAAAAAAGGAAGAAAAGAACAUAUCCGCUGUAAUCGUUGGUGCCGAUCGUGUAGUUCGAAAUGGGGACACUGCAAACAAGAUUGGAACAUACACACUUGCGGUUCUCGCAAAAGCACAUAGCAUCAAAUUCGUGGUUGCGGCACCUACCACUAGCAUUGACCUAGAAACAUUGACUGGAGCAGACAUCAAGAUUGAAGACCGUAACAAGUCCGAACUUACUCAGAUCACAGGUGCUGUGGUUGGUAAAGAUGGGAAGGUGGAUGUAAAUUACAACGAGAGAGUGGCUAUCGCAGAUCAGAGAAUUGAUGUAUGGAAUCCCUCAUUUGAUGUUACGCCCCAUGAUUUGAUCGAUGCUAUCAUCACGGAGAAAGGAGAGGUCGUCAGAAGUCCAGAGGGAACAUUUGAUUUCAAGGCUAUUAUGCCGGAAAGAUGGGCGGAGCAGGUUGAAGGGAGGGGCGGAGGUUCGAAAGCUGGGAAGGCUUUGAGCGAUGAUGGGACGCAGUUUCAAAUGGAGAAUAUUUGAAGGGAUAUGAGCAAAUGGGGCUAUCUCACCACAAUCUCAUGAUUGACUGACGGCCUUGGGGAGCUUUCUUGUCUAUAUUAAGCGAGCUUUCGGCUUAGCAAACAAAAUGGGGAAGGGAUAGCACAAGGGCCAUCCAAAAAAUUGAAUUCCAUACCCUUUGUAGAUCUCUUGGCCUGUAAGUUUUCUCUUGUAACCAACGGCCGCUCUUGUGGUCU